AGGAGGAUUAGUCUAGUGAUAGUCGUCAACGGAGAAACAGUGUCUUCUCUAUUGGGCCACAAGUGUGUAGUGAAAAUCAGCAGGUGCAGUAACUUUCGGAUAGUCUGUGGUAACAAACUGGACCAAGGAUGACCAAUAAGUACAAACAACCCAACACCAACGGAUUAUCAGCUAGGAAUCUGAACAUCGCUAUCGUUGGAGGUGGAUUGGUUGGUUCCCUGCUGGCACUACAUCUCGGAAAGAAAGGACAUGAAGUGGACCUGUACGAAUACCGGGAAGACAUCCGCACCGCCGAGCUGGUCAUCGGCCGAAGUAUCAAUUUGGCGCUGUCUGCCCGGGGGCGUAAAGCCCUUGCCGAAGUGGGCCUCGAGCAGGCUCUACUUAACCAUGGUAUUCCGAUGAAGGGACGCAUGCUACACGACACCAAGGGAAACCGUAAGAUUGUCCCAUAUGAUGCAAACAACAACCAGUGCAUUUAUUCGGUCGGCCGAAAGCAUUUGAACGAGGUUCUUCUCGAUGCUGCGGAAAAGUACCCGAACAUUCGUCUCCACUUCCACAGCAAGCUGCAAUCGGCUGACCUGGAUGAAGGCAACCUUAAUUUCGUUAACCCUGAAACGAAAGAAAAUUCACAGGCUAUUGCCGACUUGAUCGUUGGAUGUGAUGGUGCCUUCAGCGCAGUGCGAAAAGAAAUCAUCAAACGGCCAGGAUAUGACUUUAGUCAAACUUACAUCGAGCAUGGUUACCUGGAACUUUGUAUCCCUUCCACCAGUGAUGGUGGAUUUGCUAUGCCCGAAAAUUAUCUGCACAUUUGGCCUCGGGGAAAGUUCAUGAUGAUUGCACUUCCGAACCAAGAUCGCACUUGGACCGUGACCUUGUUUAUGCCCUUCAGCAAUUUCAACAGCAUCAAGUGCGACAACGAGCUGAUGCGUUUCUUCAAGCAGUACUUCCCGGAUGCGAUUGCGUUGAUCGGUCGGGAACGAUUGAUCAAGGAUUUCUUCAAGACCAAACCUCAAUCGCUGGUGAUGAUCAAGUGCAAACCCUACAACGUAGCAGGAAAGGCUCUGAUAAUCGGGGAUGCUGCUCACGCGAUGGUUCCCUUCUACGGGCAGGGAAUGAAUGCGGGUUUCGAGGAUUGCACCGUGCUGUCGGAGCUGUUCAACAAGCACGGAAGCGAUAUAGAGAGUGUAUUGGAGGAGUUCAGCGAAACCCGGUGGGAGGAUGCGCAUUCGAUCUGUGAUUUGGCUAUGUACAAUUACAUUGAGAUGCGUGACCUCGUAACAAAGCGUACCUAUCUUUUCCGGAAAAAAUUGGAUGAAAUUCUGUUCUGGCUGCUACCGAACACAUGGCUGCCGCUGUAUAAUUCGGUUUCUUUCUCUCACAUGCGAUACAGCAAAUGUAUAGCCAACCGAAAGUGGCAGGAUCAGAUUUUAACUCGUGUUCUAUAUUGCUCAUCGAUGGCAACUCUAGCAGGGAUUGGAUUCACAGUUUAUAGACACGGAAGUAUGAAUCUAUUACAAAAGCUACCCCUCCCUAAUUUUAGUUCAUUAAAGUUUAAUUGAGAAAGAAUCUCAAACCAUAGAAUUAAAUUUUAAUAAUACAAUUUAUAUUAUACCUCAUUUUAAACUACAAAACAUUUUGUAUGCUACGGGUUUCCCACUGCCACUCUUGACAAGGAAAAUAAAUUAACAAAAAAUAACUAUGACCUCA